ACAGGUAUGAGUAUGGAAGUGGAGUCACCACCGAUUACCCCGCUUCCACCCUCCUCCCUGUCCCUGUCUUUGCCUCCACGGCCUGACCGACGCUUGGCCAAUCAACUUCGCCCUCCUAUGUGUGAAUUAGGUCCUCUAAACCGAGCAGACGGUUCUGCCCGCUUUGCCCAGGGACAAACGAGUGUCUUGGCUGCCGUAUAUGGACCGGCGGCACCGCGAUUUUCUCGAAAAGAACGUGUGGAAGGAGCUGCCGUGGAGGUGACCGUCCACCCACACUAUGGUUUAGCUACAUCGAGUGAAAAGGAGAAGGAGGGGGCUGUGAAAGCCCUCUUGGAGGCGGCGAUUUGUCUCGAACGCUUUCCCCGGACUGUUAUCCACGUUAUUUGCCAAGUGUACGAGGACAACGGGGGCCUCAUGGCGUGCCUGAUGAAUGCAGCGAGCCUCGCCGUCAUUAACGCCGGCAUCGACAUGAAAUACGUGCCAUUGACCGUCUCCUUGGCCCUGAUCUCCCCGCCCUCCGCCACGAUGAAAGCACUUCCCUCUUUGCCUCCGUCUUCCUCUACAACGGCCCCUACCAGUAGCAGCACAUAUCUAUUGCUCGAUCCCAUUAACGAGGAAGAGCGACAAAGCAUAGCUGCCAUUACAAUAGGCAUAAGUAGUGUAGAUCAAAACGUGCUGUCUUGUCAAAGCAUGGGCGUAAUGAUGCCUUCCCAGCUCUUUGAGGCAAUUGAU